CGCUCCAGGGUUCACACCGCAUCACACGGUCCGCGAUGGCAGCCAACCACCACCGCACCUGAAACGCACGGCGGCGCGCGGCGGAACCAGCCCAAAGACCAUGGCACGGUCGUCGCCGCCCGGCCACGCCUGGCACCGCGUCCUGCCCCUGGCGUGCGCCUGCCUCGCCCUGUUGGCGUGCCUCCUCCCGCGCCACGCCGCGGCGCAGCAGGCCGACGACGGCGGCGAGGCGCGGCUGCUCCUCCGUAUCAAGAGCGCAUGGGGCGACCCGGCGGCGCUCGCGUCGUGGACCGCCGCGGCCGGGGCCUCCCCGCACUGCAACUGGACCUACGUGUCCUGCGACGCGAGCGGCCGGGUCGCGUCGCUGGCCCUCCCCAACGUGACCCUGUCCGGCGCCGUCCCCGACGACAUCGGUGGGCUCACCGCCCUCACGGCGCUCGACCUCUCCAACACCAGCGUCGGCGGCGGCUUCCCGGCGUUCCUCUACAACUGCACCGGCAUCGCGCGGAUCGACCUCUCCAACAACCGGCUCGCCGGGAAGCUCCCGGCCGACAUCGGCCGGCUCGGGGGCAACCUGACUUACCUCGCCUUGGACCACAACAGCUUCACCGGCACGAUACCGGCGGCGGUGUCCAAGCUCAAGAACCUGACGUACCUCGCUCUCAACGAGAACCAGCUCACCGGCACGAUCCCGCCGGAGCUCGGUGACCUGAUUAGCCUCGAGGCGCUCAAGCUCGAGAGCAAUCCGUUCGAUGCCGGCAUGCUGCCGGAGUCGUUCAAAAGCUUGACGAAGCUAACCACUGUCUGGCUGGCGAAUUGCAGCCUCGGUGGUGAAUUCCCGAAUUACGUCACGCAGAUGCCGGGGAUGCAGUGGCUCGACCUGUCGACGAACAGAUUCACCGGAAACAUACCACCCGGGAUUUGGAACCUCCAAAAGCUGCAGUACUUGUAUCUUUUCGCCAACAACCUCACCGGCGACAUUGGCAUCAAUGGCAAGAUCGGGGCAACAGAAUUGGUAGAGGUCGACCUGUCCAUGAACCAGCUGAGUGGAACCAUCUCGGAAAGCUUUGGAAGCUUGCUGAAACUGAGAUACUUGAACUUGCACCAGAACAAUCUCACCGGCGAGAUACCGGCGAGUAUUGCCCGGCUACCGUCCUUGGAGUUCUUGUGGCUGUGGGACAACAGCCUCAGUGGAGAGCUCCCGGCGGAGCUCGGAAAGCAGACGCCGUUGCUGAGAGACAUCCAGAUCGACAGCAACAACUUUGUCGGGCCAAUUCCGGAAGGAAUCUGCAGCAACAAACGGUUGUUGGUGCUCACCGCCUCCGAUAACCAGCUUAACGGCUUAAUCCCGUCCAGUCUUGCCAGCUGCCCCACUCUCAUAUGGCUUCAGCUCCAAGAUAACGAGUUGUCCGGUGAGGUGCCGGCCGCACUGUGGACGGUGCCCAAGCUUUUGACCCUGUUCUUGCAGAACAAUGGACAGCUGAGCGGAACCCUGCCGGAGAACCUGUACUGGAACAUAUCGAGGCUUUCGAUAGACAACAACCGGUUCACUGGACGGAUUCCGGCGACGGCGGCUAAGCUCCAAAAGUUUCAUGCCAGCAACAAUCUCUUCUCCGGUGACAUACCAGCGGGGUUUGCUGCUGGGAUGCCACUGCUGCAGGAGCUGGACCUGUCGGCGAACCAGCUCUCUGGGGCAAUCCCAGAGAGCAUGGCGUUGCUCUGUGCCGUGUCGCAGAUGAACUUGAGCCAUAACCAGCUCACCGGCGAGAUUCCGGCCGGGUUGGGCUCCAUACCGGUGCUCAACCUGCUGGACCUUUCGUCGAACCAGCUUUCCGGUGCCAUACCGGUGUCGCUGGCAUCGCUGAGGUCCAGCCAGCUUAACCUGUCGUCCAACCAGCUCAGCGGCGAGGUCCCGGCGGCGCUGGCAAACCCCGCCAACGACCAGAGCUUCUUGGGCAACCCGGGUCUCUGCGCCGCCGCGUCGUUGGUCGGGAGCCUCAAGGGCGUGCGCUCGUGCGGGGCCCAGCCAACCGACCAUGUCUCGCCGAGCCUCCGUGCGGGCCUCCUCGCCGCGGGAGUGGCGCUCGUCGCCCUCAUCGCGGCGCUCGCCGUCUUCGUCGUCUGCGACAUCAGGAGGCGGAAGCGGCGGCUCGCGCAGGCCGAAGAGCCCUGGAAGCUCACCCCGUUCCAGCCCCUGGACUUCGGCGAGGCCGCCGUGGCGCGCGGGCUCGCCGACGAGAACCUCAUCGGCAAGGGCGGCUCGGGCCGCGUGUACCGCGUCGCGUACACCAGCCGGAGCAGCGGCGGCGCGGGGGGCACUGUGGCCGUGAAGCGCAUCUGGACCGGCGGGAAGGUGGACAAGGGCCAGGAGCGCGCGUUCGCGGCGGAGGUGGACGUCCUCGGCCACAUCCGCCACAGCAACAUCGUGAAGCUCCUCUGCUGCCUUUCCCGCGCGGAGACAAAGCUCCUCGUCUACGAGUUCAUGGAGAACGGCAGCCUGGACAAGUGGCUGCACGGCCAGAAAUGGAUGGCCGGGAGCGCGAUAGCGAGGGCCCCGUCGGUCCGGCAAGCGCCACUGGACUGGCCGACGAGGGUCAGGGUGGCCGUCGGUGCCGCGCGCGGGCUGUGCUACAUGCACCACGAGUGCUCGCCGCCGAUCGUGCACCGAGACGUCAAGUCCAGCAACAUCUUGCUCGACUCGGACCUCAACGCCAAGGUCGCCGACUUCGGCCUCGCGAGGAUACUGGUCGAGACCGGCAAGGCCGACACGGUGUCCGCCGUCGCCGGAUCGUUCGGUUACAUGGCUCCCGAGUGCGCGUACUCGAGGAAGGUGAACGAGAAGGUCGACGUGUACAGCUUCGGGGUGGUUCUGCUUGAGCUGACCACAGGCAGGGAGGCCAACGACGGCGGCGAGCACGGGUCCCUGGCCGACUGGGCGUGGCGGCACCUGCAGUCCGGCAGAAGAAUCGCCGACGCCGCGGACAAGUGCAUUAGGGACGCCGGGUACGGUGACGACGUCGAGGCCGUCUUCAAGCUCGGGAUCAUAUGCACCGGCCGCCAGCCGUCGACGCGGCCGACGAUGAAGGACGUGCUGCAGAUACUGCAGCGGUGCGAGCAGGCGCACCAGAGAGCCGCGGACGAGAAGGUCGCCGCCGACUACGACGCCGCCCCGCUCCUGCAGGUGCAGGUGCGAGGAGGCAGCCGACGGAAACAGCUCUCCGAUGCCAGAGUGAUGGACGAUGGCAGCGAGGGUGGUUUCGACUGCAACGUCUGAAGAAAAGCAGAAUGAGCAGAUGGCUGUAGGAACCCUGACCACCUCAGGUUAGGAUCUAGGACGGGUACACUAGCAGCCUUGUGUGCAGUCUUAGGAGAGCAGACCAAAGGAUAGGCACAGCUCACCACAAGCCAAGUAGCCAACAACACUGAUGGACAAUGCCACAGUGGCAGUGCCCUCCUAUAGGUGCCAGUAGCUAUGUAACUGCAAAGUAUAAUAUUGAAGCCAUGAAACUAUGCACUAUAACUGCAAAAUAUACAACUCAGUCAUAUAUUUGAGGAAGCA